AUGGAAGAGCAGGUGCGUGAGGAAUUAGAUAUGUGGGUUUUUGAAAAAAUAUUAACACAAAAGUCAUACACUGCUCUAGCUUCAUAGUUCUCUGGGAGCACAUGCACUGUGUUUGUCCUAUAAACCUCAUAGAAAAUGUUCACCAAUACUUGCACCAAUAGUGGUCUCUAUGAGUGGUACUCUAUGAGUACCACUCAUAGAGACAGGACAAUUGGACUCAUGAUCAUUUUUUCUCUGUUUCUCAGGGGACUCACUGAAGCUUCAUACUGGGCAGAAAUUAUCCGCCUUCGACAAAAACCAUGACGCUCCACCUCCGAAUUUUGCAAGUAGUUCCUAUGUGGCAUUUUGGUAUAUGAGUUGCCACAAUGCAAACAUCAAUGGAUUGUACUUAUGGGGAAAGGCAUGUUACCAC